AUGUCAAGAAUGAAUAAUGCAAUCGGAACAUCUGGCACUAGUAAUAAUGGUGGUACCUCCUCUGGAAGCAUAAUCACUACUACUACUACUACUACCAGCUCACUUGCUAAAAAUAAAUUGCGUGUGGCUGCUGUAUCCGCGGCUGCUGCAACUACUCACUCCAAUUCUUCUUCUUCCUCAUCUUCACGCCAAAUGGUAGCUUUAAGAGAAACAACUCCACCUCAUUCAUAUAAAUCUCCCUGUGUCCCGUCUUCUCCAGCAACACCAAUCUCGUCUCAUUUUUAUCAUUCAUCUACCUCUGGACCUUCUUCCAACAACCCUUCAAACUUAAAUGGCCAUGCAGACAAAAAUGAUCCCACUUUACAAAACAACCAAACAUCUUCAGAAUUCUCCGUUGCAGAUAAGUCUUCAAUCUCAAAUCAUUUUAAAAAUAAAGGCAUUUCAAAUCAAAGAUUAUUUGAAGACGAUGAUGAUGAUGAUGAUGAUGAUGACGACAAUAAUUUAAAUGAUAGCACAAGUGAUGCUGAAAUACGGCAAACCUCCCAGACUCUUUUUAAUGGCUUUUAUGACAACAAUAAUGAUAAUGACGAUGACAACAAUAACAACAACAACAACGAUGACGACGAUGACGACAAUGACAGCAAUGACAAUAUCUUCAAUGAUGACCCUUAUGACAAAUCUAAUGACACCUCAACAACCUUCCCCAAUGACACUUUUAACGGCUCCUUGCCUUCAACUCCUUCCUCUGCAUAUUUCCUCGACUCUACUACCACUAAUAUACCCCCACGCAAACCAAGAAGAGGAAGACCCUCUUCGCGCAGGUCAAAUAACAACCACAUCCAUAAGUCUUCCCCUUCUAAUACCAUCCCAAGGAUACCACUCCCAGUCGAUAAAGUCUCUGCUGCAAUACUCCCCCACUUUUUACAGUACUCGGAUGAUGAUAAGAUUUCUUUAAUUAAAACCCUCUUGUCUCACACCACCCGCCCUGUCCUCUCCGCCAUUCAAGAACACAUCUCACCUCUCCUUAAACGCGACCCCUUUGCCUACCUCCCCAAUGAAAUCUCUCUCCGCAUCAUCUCUUUUAUCGACGACCCUAAAACCCUGGCUCGCGCUUCCCAGGUCUCUCGCUUGUGGUAUCUCCUGCUCUCGGAUGACUUGACUUGGAAAGAGCUCUGCAAAUCCCACCACUACAGACGUCUCUCAGCUGCUGUUAGUAGCACACCAGUUCUCGCCCGUUCUCACUCAGCUAACGGUGCUGACUCAACUGCUCUUUCUCUAGUCAAGUCCCUUUAUAAUAACGCAAACAGGGCUCCUGCAAUCCCAGAAGACGCAAACGAGCCUAUUUCACUUACUCGCGGUGAUGUCAUUAACGGCGCAGAAGACUUUGUCGACUUUCAGUUCUACCCAGAAGCAACAAACCACCCGGUCCCCACCUCCUACCGCUCCCACUUCAAGCACCAGUACAUGCUCAACACGGCCUGGACUUCGGGUGGCCGCCUGGCUGCAAAAUACGUCAUCAACCAUUCCGGUGUUGUCACUUCUCUCAUUAUGAAUGGUCAAUACAUUGUGUUUGCUCUAGACAAUUCAAAGAUUUACGUGUUUCAUGAAAACGGCAUGCUGAUACGCUCUCUCUUUGGCCACGUUAUGGGAGUCUGGGCACUCACCAUGCAUGGCAAUGUUCUUGUGUCUGGUGGCUGUGACCGCGACGUUCGUGUGUGGAAUGUCGAGACUGGUGAAUGUCUCCAAAUCCUUCGCGGCCACCAGUCCACAGUCCGCUGUCUGCAAAUGGCCAACCCAACAACCGCUGUUUCCGGGUCCCGUGAUACCACUGUACGUGUUUGGGAUGUUGAAAAUGGCAUUCUGCUUCGUGUCCUCUCCGGCCACACAUCAUCGGUCCGCUGCAUCGAGGUCAAGGGUGACAUUGUUGUUUCCGGCUCGUACGACUGUACGGCAAAGAUUUGGCGUAUUUCCGACGGCCAGUUGCUGCAUACUCUCACGGGACACAUUUCUCAAAUUUAUUCGCUCGCCUUUGACGGCGAACGUGUCGCUACCGGCUCGCUCGACGCUUCCAUCCGCAUCUGGGACGCCCGAACAGGUGCCACCAUGGGUGUCCUCCAGGGCCACACCUCUCUCGUCUCACAGCUUCAAAUCAGAGACAAUAUUCUUGUUUCCGGUGGCUCUGACGGCGCGCUGCGUGUAUGGGAUCUCAAGGACUAUAAGUGCGUGCACCGCCUUGCUGCACAUGACAAUUCCGUGACAUCGCUCCAAUUUGACGAUGACAGAAUUGUCAGUGGAGGCUCGGAUGGGCGGGUAAAGAUUUGGGACAUGCAUACGGGCCAUUUUGUGCGCGAAUUAUCCAACCCUUAUGACAGCGUGUGGCGCAUUGCGUUCAAGGAUGAAAAGGUGGCAAUUCUGGCGUCGCGCUCGAAAACCAACCACUUGACAGGGCAACCAGAAAACCAAAUUCAUUUCAAGCUUAUUAGCUUUUGUCCACCUGGCGAUGGAAGUGUAGUCGUGGGGGGAAAUGCAGGGCAGGCGAUAAUUACUCCGCCGGCUCAAUCACCUAGUGAUGCUAAUGCAACAGCAGCAACAGCAGCAGCGGCAGCAGCGGCAACAGCAGCAGCAGCAGCUACGACUUCUACAACAACUGAAAACGACUCUAGCAUUGAUUCUCGUGAAACUGGCGCGUUGCAGGGCAAUGGGCGCAGUGGGGCGGCAGCAGCAGCUACAGGACCCAUAUCAACAUCGUCGCAGAUUGCGGCAGCUGCAGCUGCGCGACCUAGCUCAGCGCGACGACGCAAUUCGCGUGUAAUGCGGGCAAUCUAUUCAACCAACAAUGUCCGAUUCCCUGGGUUGACUCGUAAUGAUGGUGCGGAAGUUUCGGUAACGACUGCCCCGCCGUCGUCUGCCCCGGGCUCGUCGUCAUCUGCAUCAUCGACCUCCACGUCCAACUCACAGCAGCCCAAGCAUCCGAUGGACUGGAACGAAGGUAUCGAUCCGUUGUCGCGGGAAGAUGGACCAUCUGGUAGAGACGCUACUGCGGGUCCUUCAUCAUUGUCAGUAGAUGGGUUACGAGGAGCUGGAGCAGACGUGACACUUUCUGGAACUACACGAACAACAGUGGUGACUGGAGAUGUGAGCACGUUAGGAAUGCCAGCUGGACUUGCAAUGCUGAAUGGGCGUGGAGGUGCAAGGGGCAGUGCCUCUGGGAUUGAUACGCCGGAGCCCAUGGAUUUGUCGUGA